CUUCACUGCCCACGUGGUUCCGGCAGCCAAGAUGGCGGCGGCGGCCAGCCCGUCUUCCAUGGAGUCGGCCCCGCGGAUCAUGCGGCUGGUGGCCGAGUGCAGCCGCUCCAGGGCCCGGGCGGGCGAGCUGCGGCUGCCGCACGGGCCGGUGGCCACUCCGGUGUUCAUGCCAGUGGGCACGCAGGCCACCAUGAAGGGCAUCACAGCCGAGCAGCUGGAUGCGCUGGGCUGCCGCAUCUGUCUGGGCAACACCUACCAUCUGGGUCUGAGGCCGGGCCCCGAGCUGAUCCAGAAAGCCCACGGUCUCCACGGCUUCAUGAACUGGCCCCACAAUCUGCUGACGGACAGCGGCGGCUUCCAGAUGGUGUCCCUGGUGUCCCUGUCCGAGGUGACCGAGGAGGGCGUCCGCUUCCGCUCCCCCUACGACGGCGAGGAGACCCUUCUGAGCCCCGAGAGGUCCGUGGAGAUCCAGAACGCGCUGGGCUCGGACAUCAUCAUGCAGCUGGACGACGUGGUCAGCAGCACGGUGACGGGGCCGCGCGUGGAGGAGGCCAUGUUCAGGUCGAUCCGCUGGCUGGACCGGUGCAUCGCGGCCCAUCGGCGGCCGGACCAGCAGAACCUCUUCGCCAUCAUCCAGGGUGGGCUGGACGCGCAUCUCCGCGCCACCUGCCUCGAAGCAUGGCUUGCCAAGUGGUGCCAUGUCCGCACCCGGGAUCCGCGCCAGCAAACCCCAGGCCGCCGAGAAGCAGAACAGAUGACCAAGAGGGACGUGCCUGGCUUCGCCAUCGGGGGCCUGAGCGGGGGUGAGAGCAAGAACCAAUUCUGGAGGAUGGUGGCGCUGAGCACAGCGAGGCUGCCAAGGGACAAGCCCCGCUACCUGAUGGGGGUCGGCUAUGCCACCGAUCUGGUGGUCUGCGUGGCUCUUGGAUGCGACAUGUUCGACUGCGUCUUCCCCACGCGGACGGCGCGCUUCGGCUCCGCCCUGGUCCCCACAGGGAACCUGCAGCUGAAGAAGAAGCAGUAUGAGAAGGACUUCCGCCCCAUCGACCCCGAGUGUGCCUGUCCCACCUGCCAGACGCACAGCCGGGCCUUCCUGCACGCGCUGCUCCACAGCGACAACACCGCCGCCCUGCACCACCUCACUGUCCACAACAUCGCCUACCAGCUGCAGCUGAUGAGCGCCGUGCGCGCCAGCAUCGUGGAGAAGCGCUUCCCCGACUUCGUGCGGCACUUCAUGGGCACCAUGUACGGGGACCCCACCCUCUGUCCCACCUGGGCCACGGAAGCCCUGGCCUCUGUGGGCAUCACGCUGGCAUGACCCGGCUUGAGGGAGGGAGGGGAUGGAAGAUAUUGAAGGAUUCGCAUUUUUUAUUAUAA